AUGGCAAACACCAAAGAACCAAUGGUCGUAGCAGCUGAAAAAGAAACCACAAAACCCCAUGUUGCAGUCUUACCAAGCCCAGGCAUGGGGCAUAUCAUCCCUCUUCUUGAGAUCGCUAAACGACUGGUUAUCCACCAUGAAUUUCAUGUGAGUUUCAUUGUCAUCGCCACCAACGAAGCCUCUGCAGCCCAAGACAAGCUAAUCAAAUCACCCACCCUCCCUCCAGGCCUUGACGUUGUCUACCUCCCUCCAGUCGAUGUUUUCGCCGUCACCACAAAGGAUAUGUCGUUGCUCGCUCGUCUUUGUGCCAUAGUAGAAGAAGCCAUGAAGUCCCUUAAAUCUGUCCUCAUGGAGUUAGGAAAGCUCAAAGCUGUUGUCGUUGAUUUGUUUUGCACCCAGGCUUUUGACAUCUGCAGUGCACUUUCAAUUCCAGCUUACUUGUUCUUCACUGCAUCUGUUGCUUUGCUUACUUUCUCUCUGUAUUUACCAACUCUUGACCGAGAAGUGGAGGGUGAAUUUGUUGAUCUCCCCGAACCAGUUAAGGUCCCUGGUUGCCCUCCAAUUCGACCUGAAGACCUCCUAGACCAGGUCAAAAACCGUAAGAUUGACGAGUACAAAUGGUAUUUAUUUCACUCCAGCAGGUUCUACUUGGGAACGGGAAUAUUUCUUAAUUCUUGGGAGGAUCUUGAACCAGCGAACUUUAAAGCUAUAACGGAGGGUCCAUUCUUCAAACAAAUUCACACACCACCGGUUCACCCGGUUGGACCCCUAAUCAAACAAGAAGAGCCUCUGACUGCCUCAGAUGCUGACUGCCUGGCGUGGUUAGACAAGCAACCACCUCAGUCAGUUCUUUAUGUGUCACUCGGAAGUGGUGGUACGUUAACAGUUGAGCAGAUCACUGAAUUAGCAUGGGGGCUUGAAUUGAGCCAUCAAAGGUUCCUUUUGGUUGCUCGUAUGCCAACAAAUAGUAGUGCCUCAGCUGCAUUUUUUAAUGUAGGAAGUGAUGUUAAUGAUCCAAAGGCUUAUCUGCCAAAAGGGUUUUUCGAGAGGACUAGUGAAAGGGGAGUGGUGGUGCCAUCAUGGGCACCACAAGUUUCGGUGCUGAAACACCCAUCAACCGGUGGGUUUUUAACUCACUGUGGGUGGAACUCAACAUUGGAGGCUGUUACUCAUGGUGUGCCAAUGAUUGCAUGGCCACUUUAUGCAGAACAGCGAAUGAAUGCGACAAUUCUUGCAGAGGAAGUUGGAAUAGCCAUCAAGCCAGUGGUGGAGGCAGGAGCGAGCUUGGUGGGUCGUAAAGAGGUAGAAAGAGCGGUAAGAUUGAUGAUGGAAGGUGAGGAAGGGAAGAAUACAAGGAAAAGGAUUAGAGAGCUGAAAGAUAGUGCUGCUAAAGCUUUGGAGAUUGGUGGGUCAUCUUAUGACCCGCUUGCUUGUUUGGCCAAGGAAUGGAAAUCUUAA